AUGGCAGGUAACCCCAAACGAAGAUCUCGUCUGCUCACAGUGUUGCGUGUGUUUGAUCAAAAACAGAAAAACAGGAAGGAAAUUCCAUGUUACUGGGAGAACCAGCCCGCUGGCUGCCAGAAACCACACUGUGCCUUCUUCCACGAGAGGCCCCGCUAUGUAGAGGGCGUCUUUGUCCCUCCUGAUAAAGUACUGAGCAAAACCGAGGAGCCGCCGCAGGAGGAGCCGGCACCGCCGCCAGCUGCCGCUCCGCCCAAUGCAGGCAACCCUCAGCUCCGAGGGGUCAUCAAGACGGACACACAGGAGGCGGUACCAAGCCCCACACAUCCACCCGUGGUGAUUAAUCCAGCAGAUGAUGACGAGGAUGAAGAAGACCAGUUCUCAGAGGAGGGAGAGGAUGGCAAGGUGGGUCCUUCACCUAGGAAGAUGGCUAGAUCAGGAGAGCUGCUGAACUUUGGUGUGAGCACCUUGGAGGAGAUCCGGCUGAGGAAGGCCCUGAAGUCCAGCAUGAGGAGGGCAGGUUACCCCCUCCAGAGCGCCGACUCCUCCACCAACGGAGAGAAGGAGAACUGCCUGGCAUCGUACCGGCCCGCCCACUCACAGUUUGGAGGCGCUGUUGUUUUUGAAGAGCCGGAGCGACCCAGAGGCAGCGUGGCUGAACGGCUUGGGCGAAGGGUGCCCCCUGCAGAUUUUCAAAGCGGAGGGCAGAUUACAAUAAAGAAGAGUCUGGCUGAGCGUUUGGGCAGGAUUGUUGAUGAAGAGCAGCCGCCGGUCAACACACAGAAAGCCUUGAAGCCGAUCAAAGACAGACUUGGGCUGGUUCCUCCUAUCAGAGGUGCUCAUGCAGCUGAGGCCAACCCAGUGUCUACCAAAGCUCCUGAUCGGAUCCGCAUCAAAACUCUAGAAGAGAUCAGACAGGCCAAGGCGGCCAAGGCCAGCAGCCAGAAGGAUGUUCCUGCAGCCGACGCAGCGGAAACCACCAAAACUGAUGUGGUCAGGGCCGCCAAGGCGACCAAGAGAUCCAUCACUCUAACAGACGCCUCCAUCAGCCACGUUAAAACCUUCUCUGAGAUCAUUCAAGAGAAGAAGAUGAAGCAGGAGGAGGAACAGAACCAGAACCCCAACCUGAUGAAGGCGGAGCAGCCAGAGGAGAAGCCUCCAGCCAAGGGCCCGGGGCCGAUGGACUCCGCUGACGUGGAGAAGGUGAGAGUGAAGACCCUGGAGGAGAUCCGCAGAGAGAAAGCAGCGAGGGUCCAGGCCCAGCAGACCACCGACAGCCCCGAGCACAGCGCCCCAAAGAGGCCACAUCUGCUGCGGGUCAAGAAGCCCCCAACCCAACAAAGCAACACGGCGGCUGAAAGAGUCGCUGAACCAGCAGAGAGGCCGGCGCAAGCUGCAGCAUCUCCUGCUCAGGCCUCCGCCAUCAAGGUGAAGACGUUUGAGGAGAUCAUGCAGGAGAAACGACUCCGCAGACAGGAGCAGGAGGGGCAGGCCAAAAGCCCCGCUGAGGCCGAUUCGUCUCAGAAACAGAGCGCCAGCAGCGCCCUCAAGAGGAAGACCUCUGCCACGACCCGUCGUGCCCCGGCAGAGACCCCGCCGCCUUCCAGAGUCUCAAUUCGGAAACUCGUUUCCCUAAAACCGGAAGCACCAUCGCCUCCAAAGAGGACGGCUUCUCCUGGCCCCAAAACCACUGCCAUGGCAACGGCAUUCUCAGCCUCACCAGAGCAGAGCUCCACAGACUUCCUGGACAAAACCACAAGAGGCACCGUCUCACAGCCGUCUGCACAGAUAACGAGGGAGUCGAGUCAGCCUGCAGAACUCCCUGCUGACUCUAAUCAGACCAAAACCUUGGAGCAUCCAGGCAGCUGCAAAGUGAGGCCUAAGCUGAAUGUGAAGCCAUCAGUGGUGAAGCCUGCAGGGCAGGUGAAGCCGCCUCCGAAGAAGAGAAGAGUGGAGGGUUCUGCUGUUGCAGCUGUGAAACCCAUGAACAGCUCCACCGCUGAUCAGCAGUCUUCAAACAAAGAGGUCCAGCCGACAUCUGCUGUGCCGCCGACCCCCAGCACCCAGAGGGACGAGCUGCAGACGGUUCCUGUCUUCACGCAGAGUCAGGGUCAAGACAUCAAGGCAGACGCCAGUGGAGAUGCAGUCAAAGACACCUGGUCAGUCCCACAAAGUCCCGUCCUCAGAAGUCCCACCCAGUCCAGGGCACGCAGAUCCAGUGCGGCAGCAUCCCGCACCGCCUCCACCUCCACCUCCACCUCCAACCCUGACCCCUCCGUCUCCUCGAUGGACGACUUUGAGGAUCUGAUCAACCAGUUCACCGAUGACCACCUGGAGGGCGACGUGGAUCCGGCCAUCGGAGAGGACGACCUGCUGCAGGAGCUGUCAGAAAUGAUUGACAGCUGAGAGAGAAUCGGCGAGUCGGAGAUACAUCGUAAAGAAUUCAGCUCAUUUCACUUAUUACCUUCACGUUUGUCACAUUUUAGACGACGUCUCUCGCACACCAUUCUGUCGGAUGCUCUGCCGUGUGAAAAUCUGCAGACUUGGAUUGUGUGGGAACAUUCUCCAAACUUCUUUGCGUCUGACAAGUUCCAGAAGAAAGAAAAGGAAAAGUGUGUUUGUAGAAGUUGCAGUUUGUCAAGAAUUGAUGGAGGAAAGCAGCGUUUUAGCCGGGGAGUCUUAUCUGUAUACUGUGUAUGCAAGCUGGAUAUAGAACUGAUGAACAUAGGGGCAGUUCUGCUGGUAUGGGUUUUUUUCUGUUGUGUAUGUCUCAGUGGAUUCCUCCACUUCCUGUAUUAUGAGUUACAAUUCUGCCCAGGUUCCCUGUGAUCAGAGUUAGCAUGCGAGUGGAAUUCUUCCUGCCGUUUGUCACGGGUGGAUUUGAUCAUGUUGGACUGAGACAUCUCGUCCCGAACACUUAAAAAAAUCAAUCCUCGCCGAGAUCCUCAGCACUCUGCAUACUUUAAUAAUGAAUACCUCAGGGAGUCUUUGUGGUGUUUCUAUGUUCUGUAGAAGAAGGCACUUCUAUUUCUUUUUUUUAAUAUUGAUGUAUUCUGGUAGAUGAUAUACUGGUUUUACGAUCCUUAUGUGUUGUUGCUCCUCCAUGACGCUUUGUCAUGAUCUUAAAAUCAUCUAUGUAAAUAAAAAAUACUUUUAAUGACAAGUUGGA